UAAAAAAUCCCAGAAGUGGGAUGAAAUGAACAUCAUAGCUACGUACCACCCAGCAGGCAAAGAUUAUGGCUUGAUGAAAAUAGAUGAGCCAAGUACUCCUUAUCACAGCAUGGUAGGAGAAGAUGAUGAGGAUGCAGUGAGUGAUUCAGAAUCAAAUGAGCCAUUAAGAGCAGAUGUGCUGAGUAAAAAACUGGCAGCUGCAGCUGAAGGUAAAGGACCCAAGAUUAUAGCAAAGCAAGAGGAAAGCAGUGAGGAGGAGGAAGAGGAUGAAGAAUUAACACCUGAAGAACGAG